UAAAAAUAAAAAUAAAAACACCAAAAAUAAACCUAUAUAAACCGUCUCCUCCCGCUAUAAAUUUUCAGCUCGAGUCACCAAAACGAAACACAAACAGUGUUCUCUCUUUCUUUCUUUCUUUCUGUCUGUUGUGCUCUCUGAACAUGUUGAUGGAUUCCCCCUCUCGCUCCUCCGUCAUCAUCGUAGGUGCCGGCAUCUCCGGUAUCGCUGCGGCGAAGGUGUUGGCCGAGAACGGCGUAGAGGACCUGGUGAUCCUGGAGGCCUCGGACCGCGUCGGCGGCAGGAUCUGCAAAGAGAGCUUCGGCGGCGUGACGGUGGAGCUCGGUGCCGGAUGGAUCGCUGGCGUCGGCGGCCAGCAACCCAACCCCAUUUGGGAACUCGCCGCUCAAUUCGAGCUCCGCACCUGCUUCUCCGACUACAGCAAUGCGCGCUACAACAUUUAUGAUCGCAGUGGGAACAUCAUACCGAGUGAAAUCGCUGCUGACUCGUACAAAAAAGCGGUGGACUCGGCGAUUCAGAAGUUGAGAAACCAGGAAGAAGAAGAAGAAGAAGCAUAUGGUGAUGAUCAUUGUAAUAAUAAUAUUAAAAAUAGCGAAACGAAACUGCCUUCGACGCCGGAGACGCCAAUAGAGCUCGCCAUUGAUUUCAUCCUGCAUGAUUUCGAAAUGGCUGAGGUAGAACCAAUAUCCACCUACGUAGAUUUUGGGGAGAGAGAAUUUUUGGUUGCAGACGAGAGAGGGUACGAUUACUUGCUGUACAAAAUGGCUGAAGAAUUUCUCUUCACCUCAGAGGGUAGAAUCUUGGACAAUCGUCUCAAACUCAACAAGGUCGUCCGGGAAUUGCAAUAUUCAAAAAGUGGUGUUACGGUGAAAACGGAGGAUGGUUUCGUUUACGAAGCCAAUUACGUGAUUCUGUCUGUUAGCAUUGGAGUUCUCCAAAGUGACCUACUCGCCUUCAAUCCAACCUUACCCAGAUGGAAAUUGGAUGCCAUCGAGAAAUGUGAUGUGAUGGUGUACACUAAAAUCUUUCUCAAGUUUCCGUAUAAGUUCUGGCCGAGUGGACCCGAUAAGGAAUUCUUCAUCUAUGCUCACGAGCGGAGAGGCUACUACACAUUUUGGCAGCACAUGGAGAACGCGUAUCCUGGGUCCAAUAUGUUAGUGGUGACAUUGACUAAUGAGGAAUCGAAACGUGUGGAAGCUCAAGCUGAUGAAGAGACCUUGAGAGAAGCUAUGGCAGUGCUCAGGGAUAUGUUUGGACCCAACAUCCCCAAUGCCAUUGAUAUACUUGUUCCUCGCUGGUGGAAUAACAGAUUUCAGCGUGGCAGCUACAGCAACUACCCCAUUAUUUCCAAUCAUAAACUUUUUCAUAAUAUUAAGGCCCCUGUAGGUCGCAUUUUUUUCACUGGAGAGCACACUAGUGAAAGAUUUAAUGGCUACGUACACGGUGGAUACCUGGCAGGUAUUGACACCAGCAAAGCGUUACUAGAAGAAAUGAGGAAGGAAAAAGAGAGUCAAACUCUGUUGUUAGAGCCAUUGCUAGCAUCAUUAACAAUGUCGAAACCAGAAACAGUCUCCAAUAUCCACAAGUGCGAUAUUCCUACACAAUUAUAUCUCAGUGGCAAGCUUGGGGUACCAGAGGCCAUAUUAUGACGACUAUAUGGGACUGUACCUUCUAGUCUAGAUGAUGCAUAUAUAAUACUUAUGCUGAAGUGGGGGGCCUGCCUCAUCCUUAACUCUCAUUCAAGUCCUUGGCGCUGCCAUUGCCCAUUGGUGAUGGAAAUUAACAAGUCACUGAAGUAAGAUGUGGUGAGGGGAAGAAGUGUUGGAACACUGCGAUGUCUCCUCACUUUAGUCCCUUUCACUGGUAAUUAAUGAAGCUUAAUUAUAACUACUAGGUUUUAAUUUUUGAAGAGAAUUAAUUAAUUGGGAUACACUUACGAUUACUUUGUUCUUUAUAGUCAGAAGCAAGAUUACAUUUUAUGGAUAAUGGCUGAUAUGUAUGUGGAUCCUAAAUUUUUUACUGGUCAACGAUAUCCAUUUAAAUUUUCUUGCAAUGAACUCGAUUUCCCAGGCUGAAAAUAUUUGUGUAUACUUGAAAAAAAAAAAAGGAAAUUACAAAAAUGAGAAAGACAUAAUCCUCUUAA